AUGAAGUCUCGCCGUUCCAGCUGCACUGACUCUGGGUCUGAGAGCUCUGAGCCAGACUCCAAAAGCCCACAGAAGUUUGAAACAGCCACAAGGAGGCGGAUGGCUGCCAACGCCAGAGAGAGAAAAAGGAUGCAGGGUCUGAACACUGCAUUUGAUCGUCUCCGUAAAGUGGUGCCACAGUGGGGCCAGGACAAGAAACUGUCCAAAUAUGAGACUCUGCAGAUGGCCUUGAGCUACAUCAUGGCUCUGAAUCGGAUCCUGACAGAUGCGCAGAGACACAGUGCUCCUCACAGCCAGUGGAUGGACUCAUUUGACUGUGUGCAGCCAGAGAACUACUGCCUCAUGGGCUAUGACACUGUCCCAGAACAGGACUAUAUGCACUCCUCAUUCUACCCCAUGGAGGAGCAUCAGAUGCACUCUUAA